AUGUCCCACUUCUUCCUCACAUCCGCAAACGGUUCAACCAAGAUAUCGACAGAGACUCCCGAUGUACACGUAUUCGUGCAGAAUCCCCCUCUGAACCAUCUAUGGAUCUUCUUCCCAAUACCGUUCAAUCCUGAUCAGCUGAGUGAUUGGCUUGCACAUCACCUGCCAAACAAUCCCGCAGGAAGAGCCUUCAAUGCAUGGACCGUCAAUUGCUACAACAAGGAGAUGGCCCUGAAGCUGUACAAGGAAUGGAAGGCGACAUCAUUCGAUAUUCUGUACGAAAUGAACCUUCCUUCGUCGCCGGCAGUCCGAGCAGGGAGCCCUUGCUCCGAUGGGUUCCUGAUCAGAGAAGACCCGAGCUUCCUGAAGUCACGCGAACCGGGACGAGUUUCUGAGGCAUUCAUGGACAGGGAGCACACGUUGACCGUUGUUGACGAGAAGACUGGGAACGUGGCCGGGUUCGCCACAUUGAUCUCAGAUGACGACACCAAACGCAAGUAUAUAUCAUCCAUCGAGGUGUUCCCGAGUUAUCGAAGGCGUGGUUUAGCCCUGGCUCUGAUGAAGCGGGGGAUGGAGAGCGACAAGGAGGGAUACACAAUAUGGUUGACGGUCUUUGCGGAAAACAUCGGGGCUGUUGCGCUGUACUUUGGGCUCGGAUUCAGGAUUCAUAGAUGUCUUUGGGUCGUAGGUGGGACGAAUCCAUAA